UUGAAUAUAUCUUGCGCAAAUAUCAUAAACCAAAAUCAUGGCAUUUAAAUCACACAUUGCUGUCCUAGCGUUCCCUUUCGGAUCACACGCGGCCCCGUUACUCGCCCUGGUGCGGAGGCUGGCCGCCUCCGCACCGAACGCACUGUUUUCUUUCUUCAACAGCACGGCAUCCAAUGCUGCGCUUUUCAACGCGCCCACGUGCGACAAUUUACGGGCGCGCGACGUGUGGGACGGCGCGCCCCGCGGCGAGCCCUUCAUGGGCUCGCAUUUCGAGGCGGUCGGGCUGUUCCUCGAGGCAUCCCCGAGGAACUUCGAGACGGCUAUUCGAGAAGCGGAGCGGGAAAGCGGCCUCGAAAUCCGGUGCUUAAUAAGCGAUGCAUUUCUGUGGUUUUCGAGUGUUGUGGCCGAGAAAAGAGGGGUGCCAUGGGUGCCGUUCUGGGCUUCUAGUUCGUUCUCGCUGUCAGCACACGUCUACACUGAUCAAAUCGUUAGAUCAAUUGAAUCAACUGAAACGGCGAAACAAGAGAAAGCUCUGUCGUUCAUUCCAGGGUUGGAAAUGGCGACCAUGGCCGAUCUCCCGCCGGAGGUUUUCCUCGGAAAUUACGCGUCGCCGCUGGAGAUCACGCUGUACAAAAUGGUGGAGCAUCUCCCCAAAUCCACCGCCAUUUUACUGAAUUCGUUCGAGGAAAUAAACCCGAUCAUCACAAAAGAUCUAAAAUCGAAAUUCCCCAAUUUCCUCAACGUCGGCCCUUCGAUCCUCGCUUCUCCGGCGUCCCCCUCCGCCGCAAUUUCCGACGAAACAGGAUGCCUCUCAUGGCUGGGAAGCCAAAACCGCCCUAGAUCGGUCGUCUACAUCAGCUUCGGCAGCAUGAUCACGCCGCCGGAGAGCGAGCUCGCGGCGCUGUGCGAAGCCCUGGAGACCUGCCGAUUCCCAUUCCUGUGGUCGAUCAAGGACCACGCGGUGAGAUCCCUCCCGAACGGAUUCGCCAAUCGGACGAAUUCGUUCGGGAAGAUGGUGGCGUGGGCCCCGCAGCCGCAGAUCCUCGCGCACGAGAGCGUCGGCGCGUUCGUCAGCCACGGCGGCUGGAACUCGAUUUUAGAGAGCAUCGUGGGGUGCGUUCCGAUGAUCUGCAGGCCGUUUUUCGGAGAUCAUAAGCUGAACAGCAGAAUGGUGCAGGAUUCGUGGGGGAUUGGGGUUCGGGUUGAAGGAGGCGUCUUCACCAAGAGCGGGACGAUUGAGUGUUUGAUGGAGCUGAUGACGACGGAGAAGGGGGCGAAGAUGAGGGAGAAUGUUAGCCUGUUGAGAAACAAGGCUGUGGCUGCCGUUGAUUCGCAAGGGAGUUCGUCGAGGAAUUUCGACAAACUGUUGGAGAUCAUCGGAGCCCAUUGAUCUCGAUUUGUUUCUGUCGCGGUGCACUUCUACAGCGUCGAUAGUGGUUGUUGUUGUUGUUGUUGUUGUUGAAAAUAAUUAUCAUGUCUUGCCAUUAUGCCACCCUUGAAAGUGACCCUAACUGGGCCUCUAUUGUUGGAGCCCGUUGAUCUCGAUUUCUGUUGGGGUGUAACUAAUAAAUAGAUAAGAGUUUGAGGACUAAAGUGAAAUAAGGAAAGUUGUUUGAUUUUAGUCGACUUCAGUUGGAGGAGCUCAAACGGAUUUCUGUUUUUGAGAGUUAACUGCAGCUCAAAAGGCUUCGGGUGAAGAAGCAGAUUACGCACACAUUUUCUCCCGUCAGAAAUUGAGAGAGAGAUUCAAGAAAGGAGCGCUAUCUUUGUGAGGUUCAUUGUUGUUCAUACUGUGAUUGUUUGUGAACAUUUGUGUGUGAGCUUGAGUGUUUUCUUUGGUUAUUUUGAAUCGAUUGUAGUCUGGUUUCUGCCAUUGGUGUGAUUGAAUAAAACCUUGGAUCGUCUUCUCCGUGGAUGUAGGUCUUACGGCCGAACCAUGUAAAAUCCCUCUGUGUUCUUUC